UCAGAAAAUCCACACAACAGUAACAUUUCCUUUAAAGAAGCUUUUCUACAGACAUUUCAGAAUUGCCACAACAUUUGAUGUAGGUAUUUCUAACUACUCUGGUUGAAGUUGAAUCACUGGGACACAAGUCCAAACCAUUCCUGUCUGUUAAUUCCCUUAAAAUCACUUUGAUCAACAAAUGCUUCCCUAAGACAGUUUCAAAGGCAGGAAUCUCAUACCAGAGUUCUGCAACUCAAGCAAAAUACUGCAGUGCUAUAAAACCUCACUGCUGAGGCUGUGCAAGCAUCCUGCUGAGCAGAGAUUACAUCCAACACAUUAAAAAUGUUCCAACAAUUAUUCUCUAUCCCUUCCCUUAUUCACCAUGCGUGUCUUGAUAGGUUUACUGACUCUGCUACACAGUGAGUUGCCUGCAGGGCUGCCAUGGGUCUUGUUUUUCAUGCAUGUGAAUAAUUAAUGCCUUGAAAAUGGAGUCGUUUUUUGUUUUUCUAUCUCUACUGUGUACUGACUGCUUUCAGGGGCCAAAACACGUAGCUGGUUUGGCUGUGCCUCACAUCCCUGCCCUUUCUCACUUACCUGCUGUCCUAAGCUAAGAAGCCAUCUUCGUUUCUUGUGCUUCUUUAAAUGAUGAUGGGAUGUAUUCUGCUGCUAAUGUUUUGAUGGUGAAAGUCAGUUUUUAAUUGGAGUUUCUUUCUCCAGAUAAGUUUUUGAUUAUAAGCAAUGCUUUGGAGUUCAGCCCAGAACUGUGGUUCCAUCGAGAGUCUCUUUUACGGGGAUGUUGCUGAGGCCUUGGUAACAGACAACCAAACAGUCUAUUUCCAUUACGUUUUCAGUGCUGACCCACUGAAGGAUGCUCAAGUCCACCGAGACUCAGAUGUGGGUGCAGAGGGAGUAACGGGGGAGACUGGGCGCUUCCAAGACUCUCUUACUCCGUGUAGCCCGAGCACGGAGGAGAGCGGGCCUCCCAGCCCGAGGUUCCACUAACGCUUCCCGACCGUUGGCGGGGCCCUCACAGGCGGGGCCGCGACCGUUAACUCUCGCGCGCGGCACUGCCACGCGCUUCCCGCGUCUCCAUGGCGCCGUGAGGAAUCGCCAAUCAGAAGGCGCGGCGCCGGUCACGUGCGGGCGGGCAGUCAUGGCGUCCGAGGGGGACGGCGCGAGCGGAGCAGCCGCAGGCAUGGAGCCGCUGCAGGGUGGCAGAGCGGGGUGCGCGGACACCGGCAGCGAGAGCGGCUCGGAUAGCACCUCGCUGUCGGGCAGCUCCGAUGAUCUUGAGCCUGAAUGGUUGGAUCGUGUGCAGAAAAAUGGGGAGUUAUUUUAUUUAGAAAUGAGCGAAAGUGAGGAAGAAACUUUACUUCAGAAUGCCUGUCCAGAAAUACCGUCGGUGAAUCAUGUCAGAUUUCGUGAAAAUGAAGCGGAAGUUAUUCAAGAGGGAUCACGGAAAGAAAGAAAGUAUGAACUGAAGAAACUGACAAAAAUAUUAAAGAAGAAGAAUCUUUUACCAAAGCAUUCUAGUAAGAAAGGAAGUGGAAGCUGUAAUGUGCGCUCCAGUGGUCCAACUUCCAUACUGAAACACAACUCCACUCAGAAAAUGGGUGAAAUACAGCAGAAGUACAAAGACAUAUAUGUUUAUGUAAAUCCCAGAAAACUGGUGGAGAAUGCUGCAGAAGAUGAGCAGCACAGGCUGCUAGAGGCCUUGGUAGGAAUUGUCCAUCAAUCUUCAUGGAGCAGCAGAAGAGCAGAAAAACAAGGCAAGAAGGAUAAGGUUACCAGAGGAAUCAGUGAAGAGAAGCUUGUAGUACACGGCUUGGUGCCAGGCAGUUCAGCAAUGAAAACAGGCCAAAUCUUGAUUGGAGAUGCUCUAGUUGCUGUAAAUGAUGUUGAUGUGAAUUCUGAAAACAUAGAAAGAGUUUUGUCUUGCAUUCCAGGUCCUAUGCAGGUAAAACUCACAUUUGAGACAUCGGCAUUUGAACCUGAAGGAGCCUCUCAGCAAAGGUAUAAGCAGGAACAGUCAAGUAUGAACAACCUGCUCCGGCUUUUGUGGGGGGGAGACAGCAUGGACCUUCAGCAGGCUGUGCAGAGCGUUCCUCAUAUUGUUAUGUUCCUCUCACUGAAACUGGACUCUGAAACAUCUGCGGAUGAGCAAGAAAUUCUUUAUCAAUACCCCAUAUCAGAAGCAUCCCAAAAACUCAAAAAUGUGAGGGGAAUAUUUCUCACCCUGUGUGAUAUAAUGGAAAGUGUUACUGGUGCCCAGAUUCUCAGUUCCUCCCUUUUCGUAUGUGAAAAACUAGUUCAAGUUGUUUACUGGAAAGAAUGCGACAAGUUGCUUGUGAUUGGCCUUCCUGAAGAAAAUGUGUCACUUACUCAGCUGAGGAAUAUGAUUGAAGAUGUUGUCAGGACCUUAAAAUUUAUGUACAGCUCUUUAGACAGUGCUUUUUGCCAGGUGGAACAUGUUUCUCGUCUGGAUCAUUUUUUCAACCUGUUCUUCCAACGAGCACUUCAGCCUGCAAGACUUAACUCAAAUGCCAGCCCCAGUGUUCAACACUACACUACCUGCAGUGCAUUAUUCUUAGACAGUCUCCCAGGCUUGCGCUGGCUGACUUUGCCUCAGGAAAUCAAGAUGGAAAUUGACACAGCACUGAGUGAUCUUGAAGCAGCUGAUUUUGCUGAACUGUCUGAAGAUUACUACAACAUCAGAAGAUUAUAUAUGAUUAUGGGCUCUUGUCUCUUCUACAAGGGUUACUUGAUUGGCAAUCACUUGCCAAAGGAAGAUCUCAUUGAUAUAGGUUUAUAUAGCCAGCACUAUUGUCUGUUACCCUUGGCAGCAGAACAGAAGAUCGGUCAGUUAGUGAUAUGGCGGGAAGUAUUUCCACAGCAUCAUAUCCAGCCAUGUGAAGUGUCAAAUUUUACAGGAUACACUGAACCCGAAGCAAGAUACUUCUUAUUGAUAGUUGGCUUGAGACACUUUAUGCUGUGUGUUCUGCUAGAGGCAGGAGGCUGUGCAUCAAAAGCCAUUGGGAAUCCAGGACCAGACUGUAUAUAUGUAGACCAAGUCAAAGCCACUAUACUUCAGCUGGAAGGUAUAGAUGCCAGCAUUGAGGAGAGGCUAGAUUCUCCUUCCAUUCCACCUUUAUCUUGUGCUGACUGGUUCCUGCCUACAACACGUGACAAGCUGGAGAGCUUAACCACCUCACCUAUCCUAAGUAAGAUACAAAAUGCUUCUAGAACAGAAACUGCUCCAGCAAGCAAAAGGACUCUGUUUGGUGACUCUUCCUUAACAACACGUAAGCCAAGUCCUACAAGAAACAGUGGGGGACCCGACCAUGGUAAUGAAGCUCCUGCAGAAGAGGAAAGCAAUAAUCAACACACACUAGCAGAUCAGGUUGCUAGAAAAAAACAUACCCUACCAAAUCCAUUUCAUUUAGGAAACCUUAAGAAGAAUUUGUCAGAGAUGGACAUGGAACUUUUUAAUACUAUCAAGUUGACAUCUGGACCUGAGAAUACCCUCUUUCACUAUCUAUCUUUGGAAACAAUGCAUGGAAUCUUUAUCACUCCAACUCACAAGGAAGUCGCACGGCUCGGGGGCUCCAUCCACCCUCAGUUAAUUGAGAAUUUCCAUCGUUGCUGUCUUUCAAUUCGUUCAGUUUUUCAGCAGUCCAUGGUGAAAGAAAAAAAGAAGAAAGCAGGCAGUAAAGUCUCAGAAUUUAGUAGUACAGAUGAAGACUUAGGUCCUGUAAGAGAACAUGGAGUUUUGUUUGAGUGCUCUCCUGAGAACUGGAAUGAUCAGAAGAAACCACCACCAACACUGAGUUACUGGGUUGUGGGGAGACUCUUCUUGCAUCCAAAACCACAGGAGUUUUAUGUUUGUUUCCAUGACUCAGUUGCAGAAGUUGCUGUUGAGCUGGCCUUCAAGCUGUCCUUUGGCUUAGCUACAUAGAUGAACUUCCUGAAUAUUCAGCCAUCCUUGUUCUCUCUCAAAGCAUUUAAGGGCAGUGAGAAGUGAACUCAAUUGAGAUGCCUGCUGAUGGCAUACCUUUGAAAUGCUUUUAAAACGGUAAAUCUACCUUGUGAUUUGAUACAGGUGAAACUUCAGAGCUGAUUCUAAUGACCUGAUCAGUUGAAUACUUAAAAAAUUCCAGAGCACCGAAAUUGGUGUAUUUAUCUAUUGUCAAAUUAUUUAUCCUAAUUGUAACUUUAUUAUGUGAAAACCUCACAUAAUUAGUACAUUCACUGCUGUUCACUGUCCAAUAUUCAAUGUAAAACGAUACACUCAAAUGUAAAAUGAUGUCCUCAAAGUGCUCUGUGAAUAUUUGGCAGUCACCGAUAGGGAAAAGUAAAUUUCCCAAUUAAUGAAAAUUCUGUGCCUCUAAGCACGUGAAAAAUACAGAAAUAUUUUCAGUAGCGUUGUGUUAAUCACAACAAAAAGAAACCUUUUAGAAGAAUAAUGAUGUUUAGCCACCCAAAACUGAUGGUGUAACAUUUUUGCUAGUGCACACUGUUAGACACUUGAGACCUACAGCGACUGAUGUUUUACCUGAUUUCAGGACUUUUAUCAUAAGUAAUGCUUACAUUUGUUAAACAAAAACAGUUAUGAAGGCACAUAAGAGGUGUGCUGAGGGUGAUGUUUUUGUUUAAGACCAAUGCAUGGAUAGCUACUUUUGUAUUAUAUUCAUAAUUUCAUAAUAAAAAAUAUAUAUUUUUAAAAGACCAGUACAGUGCUAUUCUAAUUUCUUUUAAAGUUACAUAUUUUCUUUUUGUUCAUUUAAACAGUACUUGUUUAGCUAGAUUUUCUACAAUCUAAUGCUGGAUACUGAAACAAAUGUUAGGUUACACCUGUAUGAGGUAAGAGAAAGAACACUUGCAAAUUCAGAAGGCUUCUACAGAAUUCAGCUUUCCUACUAAUUGCUGAAAGGUUUGUGGUAGACAGACUAGCUGCUCUGGUUGUAUUUGUUUAUUUCUUUAGAUAGUUUCACUGGAGGUCUAGUUUAAAAUGUUUGAUUUUCUUGGGUCCUUUUUUUUAGCCCCCAUCAAGCACAUUUAGAUUUGGUUGCCUGCAUGGUGUCUACUCACAUACUUUGUCAAUAGUGCAAUUGUUUUUUCUUUUGCUGCCUCUAUUUGCUAACAGUGGGAUGAAAAGAAAAAAUAUAAAUGUAUUUAGGAAAUUAAAUUCAGUUUUUUAGGUUCUCAUGAUCAAAUCCUUAGCUCGUUUCAACUAGUAAAUUGCACUCAGAGUAAUUCUAAACUGAGCCUUGAAAUGCCUUUGACUGCUCACGCUUACUGGCUGAUUCACAACUUGGCUUGAAUUGUUCAGGAGUUGCUUUCAUUUCAUAGAAGCCUUAAGCUUGAAGUUUAAGUGUAUGAUGGAAGGUUUUGUUAAUCAGCCCUUUCCAAAAUUGAUGGUUCCUUGAUGACAACGUAACAGUUUGAGAUGAGCAGAGCAGAGUUGCAUCAGUAGUGCUUUUACAUUUUCAUUCUGCAUCUAUAAAUUAUCUGAGAGAAUUCUGUGUUUGAAUAUGGAUAAUAUAUGAACACCUUAAAAAUGAUCUAAAAUAAGUUUGGAAUGUUGUGUUUCUUUCUAUAUGAGAAAAGGAACCUGGGGAUGGAGGGGGGGAAGCAAUCAUUGCAAGUAGUGGACAUGACAGCUAGGCCUAAUUCAUUUUGUUAAUUUGUUUUAGAUGGUUUUCUUUGUUUUGUUGUUUGUUUGUUUGUUUUUUCUGGGCACUUUGCUGCCAGAAAAAAAGUAGUGGGCUGAUCUCAGUUGACUUAGUUGGGUUUAGUCAUUGCAGAAAAAACAGUGAAUAUGUAGUGUGUGGAAGUAAGAAGGACUGAAGGGGCUCCUUCAGUAGCAGAUACAAGAGCUGCUCUGGAAGUAACGUCUCCUAUUUUUUUAUGUUGGCCCAUGACAUCAGAGGUGGAUGUUGAUGGUACAGAGGUGAAGGUUGAACCUUCCCACCAAUGUUCUUUUACACGUUGUUGCUACGCAACAGAUGGCAGCAGAGGAGCCCUGCCCCUAGGAGUCAUUGAGAGCAGAGGAAUGGUGUGCCCUGAGGUAACGCCCUGCUGCAAGGGACUGGGGAGCAGCUGUUGGCCUGGUGGAGCAGUGCCAAGCACCAUGGUGGAUGUGCAGAGCUGGUGGCUGCCCAUCAUGCAGGUGAAGCUGCUGCUGCAGCUGUAGGCCUCAUCCAAGCAGUUCCAGGCAGACCGGCAGUGCAGGGUUAUGGUCAACUGCUUUGUGUGCAUCCAGACAGAACAAGGUACAGACCCAGCCAUUCUGUUCUACCACUAUGCUUAGGAAAACAAUUUCAGAAACCUCUCUGUAGCCACAGUGAUGUCAAGCCAAUUGCAGGCUGCUGGCGUUCACAGGAGUGCUGCUAGGUGGGGGGAGGAGGUAGGGAGAAGGUGCACUUCCCUUCAGGAUUCUUGUUGAUCUGAAAAAC